CGUUAAGUAAGUUACACUGACGGAAACUGCUGUGUUUCUUCCGGGUAACUUCCUCGUCACGCCAAACUUCUCUUUUCAAGAUGGCAGCAGCUAUGGAUGUAGAUACGCCAAGUGGCACAAACAGUGGAGCCAGCAAGAAGCGAUUUGAAGUAAAGAAGUGGAACGCUGUGGCGCUGUGGGCCUGGGACAUCGUGGUGGACAACUGUGCUAUCUGUCGGAACCACAUCAUGGAUCUCUGUAUAGAGUGCCAGGCCAACCAAGCUUCGGCUACCUCUGAGGAGUGCACUGUAGCCUGGGGUGUCUGCAAUCACGCCUUCCAUUUCCACUGUAUUUCUCGCUGGCUGAAAACCCGACAGGUGUGCCCUCUAGACAACAGGGAGUGGGAGUUUCAGAAAUAUGGACACUAGCUGUGUUAUUGUUGACCCUUUUCUUCGUUACUACGAGAGUCACCCGUACUGCUUUCUGGUUCCCACCCGCUUGUAAUCAAAGUUAUUUUACGCCCAUGUCUUUGUUUUUUGGUAUGUUGUAAGUACAUAAAUAAACAUCAGUGUUGUCACAAAACAAAUGUUAUUACUUGUGUAGUUAGCGAGGCAGGAAUACUGUAUUAAAUUAAAAUUGCUGUGAACAUGA